AAAGUAGUAUAUUUUACAAGGUCAUUUCAUCGUCCUGGCGCUCCGGAUGGAGCUGACAGAAUUCCUUGAUAUAAGUCGCUGUGUAUAUUCCACGAUCACUAGAUGGGCCGAUGUGGUUAUAGCCGUCGGGCAACGGUGGCCGUGAAGCUGAUGGAUGCGGCGUUGGUCAGCGGAAAGUGUCUCGGCUUUACGAUCUGGCCUUGCGCCGACGACGCUAGUGCUUGCGAAUGAUAGGGUGAAAUCAGCUUGGCAAUGCGUGACAGGUGUGGGGGCUCCAGGUUUCUUGAUGAUUCCCUUUGCUCUUUACUUCAAGUGACCUCUUUGUGUAUCAUGCAAAGUGGAAAAUUAAGUGGGACCGUCCCUUUCGAUGCCACUCUUAGAGCCUUUUCCUUUGCGUACAUAGAGGUCAGUCGAAGUGGAUACCAAUCCAAGCGGCUAACGCGACUGAAGAUCGAUUGGGAAUGUCCGUGUCGUUGGAGAUCCUCGCCUGCAGCCUUUCAGGAUUUCGAUUGUAUGCAAGAAUUAUAUGCAUACACCAUUAUCCUGGGACGUGGGAUGCUCGAUGCGCUAUUUGCGCGGCGUCUUUGCUCGAAGGAGAUAUCUCAUACGCACAGCUACUACGUGCUUCGUCUAGAGUCCAUCACUGCCUCUUUCAUGGAACUGUGCAUGAAUGGUAGCGGAAGUGAUUGCACACGGCUAGAUAGCAUCGAGACUUGCGUUCGAGUACUCAUUUUGUAUGAGCGACAUUGGUAUAGCAGCUGACGUUGGAAGGGCCGAUUGUUGCAGUUGACUUCCUAUUCGUCACAACAUGGCUGUUGAUUGGC